AUGUUCGAACGCUCGCUCUCGGCGCUCAUCAAGGGCCUCCGAUCGCAUCGCGGCAAGAAUGAGCCCAAAUACGUCGCACAGGUCAUGGACGAGAUCCGCCACGAGGUGCGAUCCGGCGAUCUCGAAGUCAAGGCCGAGGCGGUGCUCAAGCUCACCUACCUCCAGAUGCUCGGCUACCCGUUCUCAGGCGCCAACUUUCACAUGCUCGAGACCAUGGCAUCCAACAAGUACCACCACAAGCACGUCGGGUAUCUAGCUGCGGCGCAAUGCUUUUCUGCCGAUACCGACGUACUCAUCCUGGCAACAAACAUGAUCAAGAAGGACUUGCAGUCGAGUCAGCCCCUCGACGUCGCGAUUGCACUCAAUGGGCUGGCCCACAUUGCCACUCCCGACCUGGCGGCACAUCUUGGACCGGACGUAAUCAGGCUGCUCACCCACAGCAAGGUCAUGAUCAGGAAGAAGGCGAUUCUGGUGCUGUACGCGCUCAUCAUCAAGUCGCCCGAUCUGCUCGAGACAAGUUGGGACCGCUUGAGGGACAAGCUCGACGACCCAGAUCUCGGCGUCGUCUCGGCCGCAGUCAACAUCGUCUGCGAGCUGGCCAGACGUGAUCCAAGACCCUUCCUUCCACUCUCGCCUCAGCUCUUCCGCCUACUCACCACCUCGACCAACAACUGGAUGCUCAUCAAGAUCAUCAAACUCUUUGGCUCGCUCACCCCGCUCGAACCGCGUCUCGUCAAGAAGCUCGUGCCACCAAUAACCACCAUCAUCUCCACUACCCCCGCCAUGAGUCUGCUGUACGAAUGCAUCCACACCAUCAUCAUCGGCGGCAUGCUCACCCAGCCGGGUGGAGACGAUCUAGCCCACACGUGCGUCGAGAAGCUAGCUGCGUUCUUGACGGAUACCGACCAAAAUUUGAAGUACAUCGCGCUGCUGGCGCUGGUAAAGAUUCUGCCCAGUCAUCCUCACUUGGUCGCAGAGCAUCAGGAUGUCAUCUUCGAGUCGAUCGAGGACCCGGAUCUGUCCAUCAGGUUGCGCGCGCUCGAGCUCGUUUCGGGGAUGGCGGUGAGCAGGAACCUCGAGAGCAUCGUCUCGCAGCUGCUGUCGCAUCUCGAGCCACCGUCGUCUGCGUCCCAUGUUGCUUCGGGUAGCGUCAACAGCGCUGGUGCAGCUGCUGCGGCACUCAAAGCGAGCCUGGCCAGCGGCGGAGGAGCAGGCUCCGACGCAGAUCCUUCUUCUAGCUCGCUCGCCGCCAUCACUUCGGCAAACAAUCCAACGCUGUCACCGUCGUACAGGUUGGAGAUCGUAGAGAGGAUCUUGGCUCUGGGAAGCUACGAUACGUAUGCCAAUGUGGUCGACUUUUCGUGGUACCUCGAUACGCUUCUGCAUUUGGCCAUGGUGUCCAGCCUGCCGGAUGGCAACAGCAUCGGAUCCAAGAUUCGAGAUCAGCUCAUCGACAUCACCGCUCGAGUAAGGGCGAUCCGUCCACACGCAGCUCGCGUCAUGGUAUCGCUGCUCAACGAUGGACGUCUCGUCCCGUCCUACGACUGGACGCGUUCCAGCACUGGCUUGACCGUGACGAAACCGUCCAGCGCAGCAGCCGACGACACGAGAGAAUCACGCAAAGUCCUCCACGCCGCAGCAUGGAUCCUCGGCGAAUACGCACACGAUCUCACCACCCCUCCUGCCCAAGUCGUCCAACUGCUGCUGAAACCCGCGCUGUUCGAUCCGACCAUCUACGACGCUUCCACUUCAGCAGCGUGCGUGCACGGCGCGGUCAAGUUGUAUGCGUUCUGGGCAUCCGCGGUCUCGACGCGGUGGAGCGAGGAUGGGAUGGAGCCCAAGGUUGAAUUUGACGAUUUGAGGAAGGCGACGGUGGAGGUGGCGAUGAGGUUGGAGGCGAUUCAGAGCAUGUCGCUGGAUGCAGAGGUCCAGGAGAGGACGGUGGAGUACAGGCAGCUUUUCAGGUUGAUCGAGAAGGAUUUGGAGGCGUAUCGCUCUCCUGCGUCGUCAACGGUCGAGUCUGCAGCUAAGGAGAGCGAAGGGCAGACGGAUGGAAAAGGCGACGAGAUCAACGAAAAGCAACCCGAAACGAUCGAAGCGCAGAGCACAUCACCACCGCGAAGCCUCGACCUGCUCUCGCCGCUCUUCUUCAACCACGCUCUCGGCCCGCUCGGGGCUAACGCCCAAUCCCGCGUCCCCGAACCCUCCGACCUGAACCUCACCACAUGGAUCGUUCCACCCGACAGCUACGUCGUGCUGGACACCAUCGAUCUCUCCUCACACCUCGACGCCGACGACGAGCCUCCUGCAACCGUCACCAACGACACCACCGCGGCAGAGCGGAAAACAUCGCAACGUCCAUCCAAACUGCAAGCGGAGCGUGCACAAGAUCCGUUCUACAUCGUCGACUCUUCCCACCCUACCCGAAGCAAACCGCAGCCAGCAGUGGAGGACGAUGUGGAUUCCAUCCCCAUUGUUCGACUGGACUCGCUUCUCGCUCCCACAAGAACAGCGGAAGCCGAAAGGGUCAAGGUGAGACCACCCGUGUUGGAGCAGGAAGAGAUGCCAGAACCGAUCCCCAAGAAGAACACCAAGAAGAAGAGUGCAGCCAAGAAGUCGGGCGUGGGGGAAGGGGAGGAUGAUGUGGGGACAAAGGUGGUUACAGUGGUCAAGAAGAAGAAAAAGACGACGACGAGUAAGGGUGCGUCGUCUGGUGUGGUGAUUGAUUAG